AUGAGCCUAUUUGUAGGCAAUAUCUCUAGAAAUAUUUCACUUAAUUCUUUGGUUGAUAAUUUUUUUUCAUUAAUUCAUUUUGUCAAAAUUACUUUAAGCCUUUUUUGUGGAAAAUGUAUAAUUCUUUCAAACUUCUGUCCUUAAAUUUUUAAAUCAAAUUUCAUAAAUUUUUCUUUAUUAUUUGAGCGGAGUUAAGGACUUAGAAGCUGAAUUUAACAAAUUUGGAGUCUGUAAGAUUAAUCAUAAAGGCGGGUACGCUUUCAUAGAAUACUCAAACGAGCGUGAUGCUGAGGAUGCCAUGUUUGAGAUGCUGGGCAAAAACAUGGGCGGUCUCUGCUUGAAUAUUGAGUGAUCGAAGCGAUCAGAUAAGUUUAACCCCAAAGCUUUAAGCAAGCCGAAUCCGUCUAAAGAUCGUCAAAAGGACAAAUGCUUUAAUUGUGGCAAGCCUGGCCAUAUCUCAAGAGAUUGCGCAGAGAGAGUGGAAUGCUUUGAAUGUGGAGCACAUGGGCAUUUCGCCAGGGGCUGUCCAAAUGGCAAAAAGUCAUCUCCAAAGAAAAACUCAGUUUCACCGCACAGAAGCAGAAGUCCGCGAAAAAGCUCUAGUGAACGGUCAUUUUCUAUUGAAAGAGGCGAUCUUCCAGAAGAGUUUUUUCCAAAAAUUGCAAAAAGUCUUGUGGAAAAUAGGGACUUUUAUGUGAAACAGGACGAACCACACAUUAUUAAAGAAGAAAUAGUCGACAACGAGCUGACAAUGGAGGACGGAUCUAAAUUUACACUGAUUUCCGGAGGAUUUAACGAAGAAAGUGCAGUUUUUCGAUGUGCGCUCUGCAGCAAAAACUUACAAAAAUCAAGUGCGAGAAGACAUAUAGGAACAAAAACCCAUAAGGAGAGGCUGAUUAAGGUAGAAUAA